UAACUGCAUAGAGUUGGAUAAGUCCGAUUUAAUUGAAGAAAAAAAGAAAGCAGCCAACUUAUUGCAGGAAAAAACGAUUUCAACAACAUGGAUGUCGCCGGGAAAAUACUGAAUAAAACAGUGUCCGAAGAAGAGCACUCUGGAUUUGACACUGUGCGUGUAUGCUGCAACGUUUCAGCAGCAGUUAUCACCGACAAUGGAUUAGGUGCGUCUCAUCCAGAGGAACAUGACCUCUUCACAAUGCGUGUGGUGCAGAUCGCGGUCCUGUGCGUAUUGUCACUCACUGUGAUUUUUGGCAUAUUUUUCCUUGGUUGCAAUCUUCUAAUUAAAACAGAAAGUAUGAUUAGUAUUUUUGUAGAAGACCGGAGACCGUCUACGGACAAUGAUAUGAUCAUGGUUGCCUCAUAG